AUUGAUUUUUAUUUCUCCAAGGAUUUACUUUAUAAUUUAAAACGGCUUUGAAAAGGAUUGCAAAAUUCCAUUCUGCAAUAAAAUGACCGCGGAAAGUAUCUCAGAGGACCGUCAGCCGAACUGGUCGCAAGACACGCCGACGGUGCAGGAAGUUAGCGAAAUGAUGCGAAGCUUUGGCAUGUGGGACUACGCGGUUUUUGCAUUGAUGUUAGUCAGUUGCGGCUUUAUUGGCAUUUAUUUCGGCUUUAUUAAGAAAUCAUCCGGAAUAGCUGAAUAUCUCGUCGGUGGUAGGAACAUGAAAACGCUUCCAGUCAGUUUAAGUCUAAUAGCCACUUUCAUAUCUGGUACGAUUUCGUUUGUAAUAAUUUCUAAGACUACUGAUU